GAUUGAGAAUAUUGAAUAACUAACAUGUCCCUAAGUCCAAAAUGUUAAUCAACCUCACUCAGAUCUAGAAAGCUUUGGACGACGCAGGAAGGACGAAGCUCCCUCACUUAGACCACCGAAGCACGGCGAGCAAUUUCCCUCCUAAACAGAGGGAACUUCACCUUCUUUCUGAAAGAUGAGCAGCUCAGUUUAUAGCGAAAUGUAUAUUCGUGUUAAGCGGGGUAAGACAACCUACUUUAUUAGCUGUCAACCAACUGAGACAAUCAGACAAAUCAAGGAUAAAUUGCAUAUCCUCAUAGAUCAACCUGUAAAUGAUCAGCGCCUAAUUCUAUUGAAUGGGGGAGUUUUGGAUGAUGCAAAGACGUUGGCAGAUCAGAAGGUUGAAAAUGACGCUGUGCUUGCACUGACUCUGAGACAAGGUAACAACGAAUUUGAGGAUGUAACUAUCAUGAAACCAGAUGACUCUUUAGCUCUGUGAUCCAGAUAGCGUUGGCUAAUUUGUGAUGCAUGAAAGAACUAAUGGAACCACCAUUGCUCUCCAUAUAAAUAUCUGUACAAUGGAGUUGAGAUAGCUGUACUAGUUUUUUUUUAAAGUUGCACUUGUAAUUUUGCUAUGCUUU